AGUGGUGCCCUAACCAGUGUACCUAGCAAUAGUCUGCCUCCUGGACUUUCAAUAAUCAUUCUGAACACUAACCCGCUCACUAAUUUUUCGGACGACGCCUUCGACACAUCAACAGGAACGCUACGAGAACUAUACAUUACCAGUGAGCAUUUACCAGCGGCACUAAUGAAACUGACCUCACUGACCGAUCUAACUAUUACACGUUCUAAGGUACAGAACUGGGAUACCGCUAUACUGAAACAUAUCGCUGCUACAGUUGAGAGCUUUGAAUUAAGCAGCAUGAGUUUAUCCAGCUGGCCAAGUUGGCUUUCUUACUUUCAUUUGCUACGUAAGCUCGACUUGAACAAUAACCCCAUACACACUAUUCCUGACGACGCCUUUAGCGCAGUUAACAACUCACUCACAGAUCUUCGCCUUUCACGUACUGGUCUUACUGGAGUGCCUACAGCGUUGUCCACACUCUCAAGCCUGAGUAGCCUGGACUUGAGUUAUAACAAUCUCAAAGACGUAUCUGAAAUUCAAAAGAUAACUGGUUUCCCAUUUUCUCAACAUCUUUCAUAUUUAAGUUUAGAUUCAGUUGGGUUGACCAGAAUGGCAAACCUUUCAAACUUGACAAGUCUGAAAGGUAUUUACUUAUCUGAUAACAUGAUAACGGAUAUACCUGCUGGCUUACUUCCAAUAUCUAUAACGUCAUUGCGUCUUUACAAUAACAGUCUUUCAUCUGUACCAACAGUUAUUGCUAACCUGUCCAUGCUUUCUGAAUUAGAAUUGACUAACAACGUAAUCACCCACAUUGAACCCAAUUCGUUUCCGUCGAGUAUGACACGACUAGAGCUGGGCAGGAACAAGCUAACUAUUAUAACAAAUAGCACUUUCAGAAACCUAAAUCUACUUAGCUAUCUGGAUGUCAGCUACAAUCCAAUCUCAACAAUCUCACCUGAAGCAUUCUCAGAUCUGGAAUCUUUGGAACAAAUCUACAUUAUAUAUUCGCAACUGAUAGAAAUCCCUCUAGCUUUCGCAAUGCUGAACUAUCAGAUAGAUGUAUACUUUUCCACAACCCGGCCACUAGCUUGUCCUUGUCCGGUGUCGCACAAACUAGUUCUAUGGUUUACCUCUCUUGAAAAUUCGCAGAACAUUCAAGCAAUCUGUAGCAACGGGCAGUCCAUUGACUCGUACCUCGGUGGUCACUGUUACCAUUCACUGACUGAUCCUUAA